GUUACCCUGCGCCACUGAGCAGUUUGUAUAGGAAUAAAUGGGCGGCCAGUCCGUGGUCCAUCCUUUAUUAUGUCCAUGCUCUGGCAGCAUCUUUAGACGGAUGAGGAAGCCGGAGCCAUUACGUCAUAGGCCACGCCUACUGGAUACAAACGCAGCGCGGGAGUCGGAUGAGGUCAGGAACAUAUGGGCGUCCCGUUGCUAGAACACGGCAGCGCCAAACAUUUCACUGACGACUGCUUCCUCAACUUGGGCCAAUACAGAGCUGGACUUGCUCAACGUCUGAAAAUCAAGUCUGGAUCAGUACCAACUCUCCUCGGCUCAGCUACAAACCUCGAAAAAGCCAGCUCAUCAAGUGCUUACAUUCAGCAGCUUCUCUCAAGGGAUGUUGCCUGCCAGACAGAAAACCUGGAAACGCAUAUUUGUAGGCACAAAGCUGUCCUUAAAGUCUAUGCAGCCCCAUUUUAAAAGUGAAGGUGUGUACAUUACUCAUUGAGUAUUUUUUUUCUUUGAUUUGGUAGAUUCUAGGCAGCAUAAAUUCUAGGCUGAUACUAGAUUCUAACUGCGCUAAAAAGCCUGGUCCUCUUUGGAAAAGCAUCAUGACCAGCGCCCUGCUAAAACACGAGUCAAACUUGGGUGUUGCAUUUCAAAGAUGGAAUCAGCCAAGAGCCCAGAAUGGUUUCAAGACAGAUGCCACAUGAGCUGGUUUAUCAUUCUCAAACAUAAAUGAAUUCAUAAUGCAUGAAUGUUAGCUGAUCAGCUUAGAGGGAAGGAGACGUUGUUGCUUUUUAGUGUCGAAAUAGAAUGGCGCUUCGCAGCUCAUGUUGUGAUCAGAUCAUUUUGCGCUGGUGUUCGUUGAGUGUCCUUAACCUGGCCAACCACUUGAGCUUUGAGUCUAGGGAGGAGGGUGCUGGAGGAGACGUCCCUCUCCAAAACUGUGAAUCUGUGUCUGCAGUACACAUUUUAAACCCCCUGUGUCAUUGUUGCGUACAUUUAAAUAAUUUCUUUCCCGUGUACAAAUACACAAUGCCUCCCUUUAUGCAAAUAAUGUAUCAAAACAAUUACUUUUUUUCUCCCUCUGCAGAAGACUGCGAUGCCUUUGGAGACCGUAGCACUCAGCGUGGCGCCACAUCAGAGAGCCUGGGUGUUGUCGCCCCUGGCUCCUCCUCCCACAUGUCCAGUCACAGCGAGGAACUGGUGCAGCAGACCCCAGACACCAUUUCAAUCAAGCUUGAAGAGGAUAUUGGUGGAGGCUUGCCCGCUGGAGAAGACGGCAAUGACAUUAGAGACUGCAGCACGCAGCGCGGCGCCACCUCGGAGAGUCUGCGUGUGGACGCCCCUGGCUCCUCCCACAUGUCAAGUCACAACGGGGAGCUGCGCAUCCUGAGCGUUUACGGACAAGGGGAGGGCCCACUGGCGGUGGAUGGUUGGUGGAAGGUUUCUCCCAACAAUGCCAAUAUGAUCGUACACAUGAGGACCCGACCAGACGAGAAGCCGUACGGGUGUGACCAAUGCACGAAGAGCUUCAGUCGGAAAGGCAACCUGAAAAUCCACAUGAGAACUCACACCGGGGAGAAGCCCUACAGGUGUGACCAAUGCACGAAGAGCUUCAGUCGGAAAGGCCACCUGAAAAUCCACAUGAGGACUCACUCCGGCGAGAAGCCCUACAAGUGUGACCAAUGCACGAUGCGCUUCAGUCAGAAAGUCACCCUGAAGAUCCACAUGAAGACUCACACCGGGGAGAAACCCUACAGCUGUGACCAUUGCAAAAAGCGCUUCGCUCGGCAUGGCGACCUGAACGUCCACAUGAGGACUCACUCUGGGGAGAAGCCCUACAAGUGUGACCAAUGCACGAUGCGCUUCAGUCAGAAAUGCACCCUGAAGACCCACAUGAAGACUCACUCCGGCGAGAAGCCCUACAGGUGUGACCAAUGCCCGAAGUGCUUCAGUCUGAAAGACCACCUGAAGACCCACAUGUGGACUCACUCUGGGGUGAAGCCCUACAAGUGUGACCAAUGCACGAUGCGCUUCAGUCAGAAAUGCACCCUGAAGAUCCACAUGAGGACUCACUCUGGGGAGAAGCCCUACAAGUGUGACCAAUGCACGAUGCGCUUCAGUGUGAAAGGCAACCUGAAGAUCCACAUGAGAACUCACACCGGCGAGAAGCCCUACAGGUGUGACCGAUGCACGAAGCGCUUCAGUCAGACAAGCCACCUGAAGAGCCACAUGAAGACUCACCCCGGGGAGAAACCCUACAAGUGUGACCGAUGCACACAGGGCUUCAGUCAGACAAGCCACCUGAAGAUCCACAUGAAGACUCACACCGGGGAGAAACCCUACAAGUGUGACCGAUGCACAAAGGGCUUCAGUCUGAAAUGCACCCUGAAUAUCCACAUGAGGACUCACUCCGGGGAGAAGCCCUACAAGUGUGACCAAUGCACGAAGGGCUUCAAUGAGAAAGGCAACCUGAAGAUCCACAUGAGGACUCACUCCGGCGAGAAGCCCUACAAGUGUGACCAAUGCACGAUGCGCUUCAGUCAGCAAGGCACCCUGAAGAACCACAUGAGGACUCACUCCGGUUAGAAGCCCUGCCUGUUAGUGCAUUGCAACGCCAGCUACAGCGACCCAAGCAAUUUGAGUGCACAUGCUCAAGCACAUGGGCAAUGUGGUGCUUUCACACAGGGUAACGGGGCGCUUUGAUUGAGACCUCUGUCCGGUAUUUGUCGAAAUUACUGCUUUUAGUUUUUCUUUUUAUCAGGAUUAAACACUUUCCAGCUUUUUGAUUCGCUUUGUUUUGCUUUGUUUUCAUUUUAGUAAUUUAUGUCUGUGUGAUAAAGAACUUAUUUCUCUGACUCUUCUAACAGUAAAAUAUUAGGAAACGUUCACAUCGUUGGUAAAUACAAAGGAAACAUGUGAGGGGAGUAUACCACGAACCUCGCUGAACAUACCCAGCUUUUCUUGGGAAAACCUGGUUCGACAGAGACGCAACUCGCAGUCAGAGUUAAAUGGUUCCACGACACUCACUUUACAUUCAAUUAGUCGAACCAGGUUUUCCGCUUUAGGUUCAAUGCACGUAUCAUGAAUUCCUACGAGGAAUUCAAGGUCCAAAUCACAGCCAAGGGGAACACGGUUGCCCAUAAUAUGGCUAGGGUAGCGUGCUGGCAAAAAAUAGCCGUCCGUGUUCAUUCGUAAGUGAAAAGAUUCUGCAUAUUGUCUAAAAAUAUCAUGUAUCAUCAUGCCUUUUACCCCCAUAGAUGUGGUGCCAGCACGCUCCUACGAACAUGGGGUCAAGUCAAAAAUAAAUAUUAAAAUAAUAUUCAAUGUGGUUAGUUGUAAGCAUCCAUUUGAAUAAUUUCAGGUGAAUCUAGCCUAUGAUUUGCAAUGGCCUAGGCUCCAACCUUUAGUCACAUGUUGAU